AUCCUCUGAGCAUGUAGGGCAGCGGCGGCAGCGGUAGGGGCAGCGGGGCGGGGCUCGUGGCUAAGCAUUCUUCGUGCCAGCCUUGCGAAGGCCAAGAGUGACCAGCAACUCCUCAGACGACCGAUGGCACAUGCGUCAGAGGUGGUGUCAAAACCCGACCCGACUGUUGCUCCCACUACAGGGUAGAGGAUGCAGCGUCAGGAGACGCGGUUCCCAGGAUGUCCAGUAGGUGUCGCUGUCCCGCGGCCCCCGCACUCCUCGAGGCCCGGGCCGGGGGCGUGUCCUCCCUACCUUCGGACUCCGGCGCGCGCACCUCACCUGGGCUCCCGCCCCGUGCCUUCCGCGCCGCGGUCGAGUGGGGGAGCGCGCUGUGCUGCGGUCCCGCGACCAGGGGGCGGGGUCGGACGGCGCGCUGGGAAAGGCGGGCCAGCUUGGCGCCCAGGUGCGUUCUUCCACAAGGGCCGGGCGGCGGAGACGGCAGCAUCCGAGCAGCCGGAGGAGGAAGCAGACGAGAAGAUGCCACUGUCGCUGCCACCUCAGGGCGACCACGGGGAGUCCAGUCCGUCCAGGACCCCCAAGAAGCACGCCUCUUUACAUAUUUGGCGCUCCAAGAAGAAACAGCAGCCUCCGCGGUCUGACUGUGGGGUGUUCAUUCCGCACCCGCCCCCGGCGUCCCUCGGCGAGGCCAGAGCUUUGGAGGUAGUGGAUGGAGGCCAUGUGGCUGGAGAGCGCCAAGAAUUUACACUGCACUGCGGGGAGUCCCGGCUCUUUCACACUGCCUGUGAGGUGCCUGGUCCUUUACCUACAGAGUCUGGAAUGUUUAAAAAGGUAAUGCUUCAUUUCCAGUAUUUGGCUCCCAGGACUAAACACUUCAAUGAAUUAAAAAGUGAAAAAUAA